UUCAAGUUUUUGUAAGUAAAAUCAUUUGAAUUUUGCUAGUUUAGUGGAUAAAAAAUAGCUUGUACACCCUCAUUUUCCUAGGUUCGAUCUUUACCAUAUGUAUUAUUUUUUAUAAUAAAUAGUGCAUCGACUAAAUGAGGUCUAGAUUCGCCUCUGACAUCACUAGAUACAUUGUUAUAUUUACUAUCCUAAUUAAAAAUAAAAUAAACAUUGUUUUUAGAAACAUUAAAUAAACAUGAAUUUAUUUUAGUAAAAUAAAUAUGAUCUCUGAUAAGAAAAAUAAAACAUAAAUAAUUAAAAUUAAAAUUAGCUUUAAUUGAGAAUGAACUAAAUAUUUUUAAACAUUUAUUAAAUUUAAGAUAUUUUUAUUGACUAUUCACUUACUCAUCUACGGCUGGUUCAACCCUAGUUAUUAUAUAAAAAUAGAUUUGUGGCAACAAAAUAAUUUUCUUAAUACAAUAAUAUAAAUAACAUCUCGGUACUAACCAAUUAUGAAGUCUUAAAACUUUUUGAUAAUCUGAACCAACUAACUAACGAAACAUCACCAUGGAGAGAGAUAGAGAGAGGGAAAUGAGUUGUAUUUUACGCAAAAAAAAAACAGACAAACAACAACUGGCACUAAAGGAAAAAAAACCAAUUUAAUCUGUUAUUAUAAGUUUAUGCUCCAAAAUAAGAAAAACAAAAAAACAACAACUGGAUAUGAGAAAACAAAUAGAAAGUCUAUUUGAUAAGAUGAGGCAACCUUCCAUGUCUUUACGCGUCAUCAUCAUCCUUACAUUGAGAUUUCUCUGCUUUUUCCUAAUCAUUAUUCCUUAAUCUAUUUUCUCCUCUCUUUCUCUCUCUCUGUCCAGAUCUCAAGUCAAUUCUCCCAGAGCCUAUCUUCUCAAUUUGAUCUUUAUUUGUUCAUUCUUGGAUCUGUAGCAGCAGCCUCAAGAGGAUUAAUUCAAGACCCUCUUAGAGAUCUUCGGUACACCAUUUGGCUGAUAUGUGAAACAUAUUUACCAUAUAAUUUGACAUUGUUUGUAUGUAAAAGUAUAUUUAGGGGAUUGGAGAGAAGCGAUCAUGUCCUUUAGAUCACAUUCGACAGGGAGCAGUCAAUUUGCAGAGAAGAUAACCGAUGAUCCGGUAACGUAUAAGACGGCACAAAGCACCGUGACAUGCAUAUAUCAAACGCAUAUAUCUGGGUUUUGGAGGAAUGUGACGGUUCUAUGGUCAAAGAAUCUAAUGAACCAUUCGCUUACGGUCAUGGUCACAAGCGUGGAAGGCGAUAUGAAUUAUUGCUGCAAGGUUGAUCUUAAGCCGUGGCAUUUCUGGAACAAGAAAGGCUACAAGUCCUUUGAAGUUGAAGGCAACCCCGUUGAGGUGUAUUGGGAUUUCAGGUCUGCGAAAUUCACGAGUAGCCCCGAGCCGAGCUCGGACUUCUACGUGGCUCUAGUCGCGGAGGAAGAGGUGGUUUUGUUGGUGGGUGAUUACAAGAAGAAGGCUUUCAAGAGAACAAAAUCAAGACCCGCUUUGGUCGAGGCUGCCUUGUUUUACAAGAAAGAAAACGUGUUUGGGAAGAAGAGUUUUGCUACGAGGGCUAAGUUUUACGACAGGAAAAAAGAGCACGAGAUCAACGUGGAGAGCUCUAUCUCCGGGACUAAAGAGCCAGAGAUGUGGAUAAGUAUUGACGGGAUUGUCUUGGUACAGGUCAAGAAUCUGCAGUGGAAAUUCAGAGGGAACCAGACCGUGCUCGUAGAUAAACAACCUGUUCAAGUCUUUUGGGAUGUUUAUGAUUGGUUGUUCAGCGCGCCUGGGACAGGGCAUGGUCUGUUUAUAUUCAAACCAGGGAACGCAGAAGACAGCGACAUGGAAGGAAGUGGUCAUGGUGGUGAGAGUGAUACAAGCACAGGGAGCAGGUAUCAUUCGACCAAGAGUGGCUCUUGGCCGCCUGAAUUUUGCCUCUUUCUUUAUGCUUGGAAACUUGAAUAGUAGUCUUAUCAAAAAAAAAAGAAGCUUUUGUCAAGAAAAUGUAUUAUACGGGUUUGAUUGAACUCGAAUGGUGACAUAGCGAUUAACAUUAUCACAAAUCACUAGGGUACGAUAUAUACAUAUCGUAGUCAAGGUUUUGUCUGUUCAUCUAUUGUUGUUUCUUGUGCCUGUAACUUAUUCUCACUUUUCGUUUGUUAUUGACAAGUUAACAACAUCACAAUCAUGACUUCUAGUGAUCAAUUAUGCUGUAGGAUUAAUUGUAAUGCUUUAAUUGCACCUCA